AGCGAACGUUUCAGUUGAAAUUUCAAAGUGUGCACGGCCAGCGGAAAAGUGCAUCCAAUUCGCCACAAAAUCCAAGUAGAGCCAGCAAUUAGUCCAGUCUACGUCCCUUUCUCUCACCAUCACCAGAGAAGCAUGCUGCAGCGGCGCUUGGACAGCCAAAAGCAGCGACGCCAACGCCGCCAGCUGCUGGAGGGGAGCAGCAGCAGCGGGGGGGGCAACAGCAGGAGCAGCAGGUGUCGGGCUAACUAUUUGCCUGGCCUGCUGAUUGUGCUGCUCGUGCUGCUGCAGAACUUUGAGCUGCACAUGUGCCGGCAAUUGAUGGGCGCCGCUGUCAACAGGCGCAAGGACAUGGAUACCGAUGAGCAGCUGCUGCCCGCCGUCGCUGCUUCCUCCCUGGAGAAGCGGGCUAUCGCUGCGACGACCGUUAGCCAGCCGGAAGAGAUUUUCAGUGCGCCCAACGAUGCGGCUGACAUGAGCUAUGAUGAGUACCCGAUGGUGGUGCCCAAGCGGGCUGCUUUACUGCUGGAUCGUCUAAUGGUUGCGCUGCAUCAUGCGCUGGAGAACGAGCGGGAGGAUCAUCGCAUUGGCGAUUUCUAUGCCAACAAGAAUAUGAUGCAAAUGAAGCCCAACGAGUACAAGAAUGCGCUGGAGCCGCUGCAGGCGACGCAGGAAGGUGCCCAAAUGCCGAUGAGCAGCCACAGCUUUCACAUGUAUAGCGAUGAUGAUCCUGGCGUGAUGUUGGAUUAUGAUUUCAAAGAUAUAAAUCAAAUAAAUCGCGCGACUGGCGAAACAUUAAUGGCAAAGAGCUUUCAGAGAAGAGCCGGCGGCAUUGGCGCUGCAGCAUCAGCAUCAGCAUCAGCAGCAUCAUCGGCAGCUGGCAACGCUGCGGCACAUGCAACAAACGGCGGCAAAGCGUCAGCCGGAUCCGGGCCGGCUUCCGGCGCCAGGCGCAUCCAUCAUCACGUCGCCAAUGGAGGUGGCCGCAUGUAUUGGCGCUGCUAUUUCAAUGCCUCGCUGGCAUUUGGUGUUCGAAUGUUGGCAACGCGGCAGAUUCAACGUCGGCUCUACGAGCUCUUCGCCUAUUAUGCGAUAUUCAUCGGGGUCACGAGCUAUCGCUAUGACUUUGAGCUGCGGCAAUGCAGGAGCACGAGAUGGACACGACUUGUCGCCAGUUUGGCGAAUCUGAUAAUAGUGUCCGUCUCGCUUGUGGAUUUGUUUGCCACCUGGUUCGUCAUCGACGAUAUGGAUCUGGUCACGGAGCAAACGGUGCGUCUGGAUUCGACCGUGAACGACAUCGUUUGCCUGGUGCGCGUGCUGCAACGUCUGCCUCAGGAUCGGGCCUGCAUUCAGAUUGUGCUGCAGCUGCGACGCUUGCGGCGCAUUCAUCAAUAUGCCUAUACUGGGCGGGAGUCGCAGCUGGAGCAGCGGCUGGAGCAGCGGCUGGAUCGCAUUUAUCUGGCCAAGAAUUGUGUUAUGUGGGCGGAGGCCAUCUUUCUACUCGCCUUCAUGCUGAUCGUCUGCCAGCUUGUGCCGCCAACUAAUUUGUACGUGAAGCGGCUGCUGGUCAUCCUAAAUGUCCUGGCCAUGGACGGUCAGGGCGUGGUCAUGCAUAUGCAUUUCCUGAUCAACUGGCGCAUCCUCCGGCUAUAUAUGCGUCUCAAUAGACGCCUCCGUCAGCUGCUCCACUCCGAUUUCCCGGCAGUGGCCACCCUGGAGCUGCAUCAUCUGCGCUGGCAGCACGCGCAGCUGUCGGCGCUCAUGGAACGCCUCACUUCGGCCUACAGCUUGACCAUGUUGAGCAAUCGCCUCUGUCUGAUCGUCACGGCCGCCGCCCUCGGCUACUAUAUAAGCAUAUUUGGAGCCCAUCCAAUUCUCUAUCAAAUCGUUGGCUUCGGCUUUGUCGUCGUGCUUGCCCUGGAUGGCUAUAUACUUGAUCUGAUCUCCGACUGGACGGUGAAUUGCCAUCGGGAGAGCUCCCGGCUGCUCGCCCAACAUCAGCAGCUAGUAAAUGCUGACAGGCAGCUCUCCAGAGCGUGUGACAUUUUUGCGCUGCAAGUAGCCUGUUUUCCACUCAAGAUCCAGCCCUUCGGCCUCGUUGAAUGCGGCAAGGCGACUUGGCUGGGCAACAUGGCCUGCAUUAUCGGCUGGUUGGUCGUGCUCUUACAAUAUCGCAUCGUAUUCGAUAGUAAACAUUGA